UGAAAUUAAUCCGCAUUUAGAACUUCCCAACACGGAAGUAGUUAAGCGUUGAAAAAUAAGGAGAUACAUUUACAUGUAUAUAGUAAAAACGAAAGAAGUAGUUUUCAUUUUACAUAUGAAAAACAAAACGAACAAGGGUAGCGGAUAAAAAUGUUUAAAGCAAUGGGAUGGAUAAAAACUGGACUCAGGUACAGGAAACCGGUUUAUCAAACCUGGUUACGGACAAUAGCAUGCACAGCCAGUGCCAGGUCAGAUGCAAAACCGUUCCAUUUCCAGGAUAUACUUGCCCUGGAACGACCACAUGAUGUAAAAUGGAAGAAACUCACAGACGCCUACGUUGAAAAGGUACAGCUCGGCGACCAUCAAUUUCUGAAAGUUGAACCACAGGCUUUAACAUUACUGACUGAGCAAGCAAUGACUGAUAUGGCACAUUUGUUCAGGACCAGCCAUUUACAGCAAUUAUCAAACAUUUUGAAAGAUCCUGAGGCAUCGGGUAAUGACCGAUACAUAGCAAUGGAAAUGCUGAAGAACGCAUGCGUAUCGGCAGGAAUGGUACUUCCGGGGUGUCAGGACACCGGGACGGCUAUAUGUAUUGGGAAAAAAGGACAAUUUGUUCUCACCGAUGGGAAGGACGAAGCGUCGGUAUCACGUGGUGUGUAUAAUACAUAUACAAAACGAAAUCUCCGUUACUCUCAGGUUGCUCCAUUAGACUUGUUUACGGAAGUAAAUACGAGAACAAAUCUACCUGCGCAAGUGGAAAUUUACGCAACCGGAAGUUCCAAAUACGACUUCCUGUUUAUGGCCAAAGGUGGCGGCUCAGCAAAUAAGACUUUCCUGUAUCAACAAACAAAAGCUCUUCUUAAUCCUGAAAAAUUAUACAAAUUUAUUGACGAAAAAAUAAAGACAUUAGGGACACAAGCAUGUCCGCCGUACCAUCUUGCUGUGGUGAUAGGUGGGACUUCAGCAGAGUUCAACCUAAAAACUGUCAAACUAGCAACUUGUAGAUAUUUGGAUACACUACCAACCACUGGAAAUGAACAUGGGCGAGCGUUUAGAGACAUGGAUGCGGAACAGGAAAUACUGAAAAUAUCUCAAAGAACCGGUAUCGGAGCACAAUUUGGCGGGAAAUAUUUCUGCCAUGACGUCAGAGUGAUACGCUUGCCACGUCAUGGUGCGUCAUGUCCGGUUGGGAUAGGUGUGUCUUGUUCAGCUGAUAGACAGAUUUUAGGCUCUAUUACUGAAGACGGCGUUUUUCUGGAGCAAUUGGAAAUUAACCCAGCCCAGUUUCUGCCUGAAAUUGGAAAUGAUUCUCUCAGUGAUGGUGUAGCGCAGAUAAACUUGAACAAACCAAUGUCAGAUGUGCUUUCCGAGCUAAAUAAACUUAAGGUACAGUCUCGUGUAAAUUUAACAGGAACGUUAAUUGUCGCUCGUGACAUUGCGCAUGCCAAGUUGAAAGAGAGGCUAGAUUCCGGUUCUCCACUUCCGGAAUAUUUUAAGAAGCAUCCUGUGAUAUACGCUGGACCUUCAAAAACUCCAGAGGGUUUUGCGACGGGAUCUAUCGGACCAACAACGGGAGGUAGAAUGGAUCCAUAUGUUGACGAGUUUCAGCGGGCCGGCGGAAGUAUGGUGAUGAUUGCGAAAGGAAACAGGAGCAAACAGGUCGUAGAGGCAUGUAAGAAGAAUGGAGGAUUCUAUUUGGCUUCUAUCGGGGGUAUUGCAGGAACUAUAGCACAGGAAUGCUUCAAAUCUAUAGAAUUGUUAGAAUAUCCCGAACUUGGUAUGGAAGCAAUUUAUAAAGUCGAGGUAGAGAACCUCCCUGCAUUUCUAGUUAUUGACGAUAAAGGCAACGAUUUCUUUAAGCAAUGGAGAAUUGAUUAAUUAACUGGCAAGUGAGAGACAUUUACUCGAAAAGUGUGAACAUAUGAAAUAAAAUAAGACACCAAUAUCUUGUAGCUGUCGUAAAUAUCUAUUUAUAGAAAUAUGACCAUUAAAUUGACAUUUUCUAAAUAUGAGCCGCGCUAUGGCAAAACCAACAUAAUGGGUUUGCGACCAGCAUGGAUCCAGACCAGCCUGCGCAUCCGCGCAGUCUGAUCAGGAUCCAUGCUGUUCGCUUACAAACGCAAUUACAAGUAGAGAAACUGAUAACGAACAGCAUGGAUCCUGGGCUGGUCGCAAACCCAUUACGUUGGUUUUGUCAUGACGCGGCUCAAAUUAUUAUUACUUAUAGAAAUUUCGAAUAAUUAUACGAAAUAAGCGUAAUAAGGCCGAAACAUUAUCAGGAACUAUCAUGUACAUGUAUAUACAGCGUUCAUUACUGUUACCACAAACUGAACUGAACUGAACUUAACCAAAACCUUUGUAUUUUCAAAUUUACUUGACUGUCUCAAUGAGUACACUUUUAUAUUGUAAGUGCAUUUUACAUCUUUCGUGCAUAUAAAUGCAUUUGACUGUAUUUUUAACUUCUGUUGCUAUUAUAUGUGAUAAACAUUGAUAUAACAAGUAUAUUUUAGUCCUACCUAUGUGUAUUUGGGUGCAUCAGACGACGACCAUUCUUUGGGCAGCAUUUUCUGUGUGAACUCUAACAAAUUUAUACUAGUAAUUAUUACUAACUUUAUGUUAUAAAUUAUUAAAAUUUACAAAAUUGAAA